AUUCCUCUGAAUAAAAAAAAAUAAAGAAACGUACAAUAAUUGUCAUGUAUCGUUGGCCCCCUUUAACUCUUCAUAAAACCAGUGGCUGUAAAUUACUCACCGCAACCCUUUCUUAUGACUUUGCCAAACCUAGCAGCUCUCUUUGGAUUCGCGGCUGCUUACAGAGCUUGCACUGUUGCUGAAGAAGUUGGUUUGCUUUUGUAGUUGGGGAGGCUAUAUUAUGGUUUAGUUUUGUUGGUUGCUCAUCUUUUUAUUACAAAAAUAAAUGGGAGAAGAUAAAGGAGGAAUAGAACAGCCAAUAUUUAAAGACAUAAGGCGUUAUUACUGUGAUUAUUGUGGCAUUUGUAGAUCGAAGAAGUCUCUUAUCACAUCACACAUCCUCAUCCACCACCAGGAAAUGGUGAAUGAUGAAAUUUGUGACAGGUAUCAGAAAAUGGAUGGAGUACAAUCCAAUACUUGUGAAGAAUGUGGUGCUAGUUUCAAGAAACCAGCUUACCUAAAGCAACACAUGCAGAGUCAUUCACUUGAGAGGCCAUUUACUUGUUCGGUAGAUGAUUGCCAUGCCAGCUAUAGAAGAAAAGAUCACUUGACUCGCCACUUGCUUCAACACCAAGGGAAAUUAUUCACCUGUUCAAUUGAGACUUGCAAUCGCAAAUUCACCAUUCAAAGUAACAUGAAGAGACAUGUUAAAGAAUUUCAUGUUGAGGGUUCUUCAUCCUCUGAUGUUAAAGGUCAGAAGCAGUAUAUCUGCCAGGAAGCUGGUUGUGGAAAAAUAUUCAAAUACAAAUCAAAGCUGCAGAAGCACGAGGAAUCACAUGUUAAGUUGGAUUCUACGGAGGCAUUUUGUUCUGAGUCAGCAUGUAUGAAAUACUUUACAAAUAAGGAAUGUCUUGAGGCACAUAUUCGAUCCUACCACCAACAUAUUGCCUGUGAGAUUUGUGGUAGCAGGCAGUUGAGAAAGAACAUCAAGCGACACAUUCGCAUGCAUGAAGGAAGCAAUUCACGAGAAAGAAUUAAGUGCUCAUUCAAGGGUUGUCGCCACUCAUUCUCUACUAAAUCAAAUCUUCAGCAGCAUGUGAAAGCCGUGCACCAUGAGAUCAGACGAUUUGCUUGCAGCUUUUGUGACAAGAGAUUUGCCUACAAGCAUGUGAGAGACAACCAUGAAAAGUCUGGGUACCAUGUUUAUACCGCAGGUGAUUUUGUUACUGCCGAUGAGGAAUUCAGGUCGAGACCUAGGGGUGGCCGGAAAAAAAAGUUCCCAACAAUAGAAAUGUUGACAAGAAAGAGAGUAAAUGCUCUAAGUUCAAUUGGUUCCUGUCUUGUGUAUGAAGAUUGAAUGGAUGUGUGUUAGGUACCAUUUGAGAAAGUUGGAUGUAUGUCUUGUGGUAUUCGUAUAUUUGUUUAGAUAUGGAUCUUGAUGUAUUGGUUGGCACAAAAAGUAAAUAUUCUAAUAUUCUAAGAGUAAAUAUCGUGCUUCGACUCUUCUGUUUCCA